UCCGUCAGCAGGCGGGCCAACAGCAGGAGCGCGGUGGCGAUCCAUCGCAGCAGGACGGCCACGGCAGUUUUCCUGCGAGCGCUGUCGAAGCACGUCCAGUGCAUACAGUGGCGUGCGCCCACCACGCGCUACACCAUGCUCGUAGUGCCCCCUUGUCUCGUGACGUUUCUAGUUAUUGUUAUUGGCAGUCUGAUCUGUGGUGUUAUGGGGGCGGAAGGCCCCACUCAACCUCCCUGUCCGGUCUUGGGACACUUAUGCAAGUGUUCGGCCGAUCUGCAGGAGUUUCAGUGCAAAGGUGCGGGAUUGGAGGAGGUGCCCAGGAAUUUGCCGUUUUCUAUUAGCAAAUUGGAUUUAUCCAACAACAACAUAACGGUGUUGAAUGAAACAUCAUUCUCAAACUACCCCAACCUAGAAGAACUGAUCUUGUCGGAUAACAAAUUGGACUUCAUCCAUCCCAGGACUUUCAUCAAGAACACCCUACUGAAGCGCCUGCUUCUUCAAAACUGUGAUCUUUCUGAAAUUCCAAAGGAAGCCCUUAAACCAUUAAAGAAAUUACAGACAAUAUUCGUGGGUGGUAACAGCAUCUGGCACGUGGGACCAGAGACAUUUCAAGAUUUGAAAUCUCUACGCAAUCUGAGAAUGGAUAACAACAAUUUGCGAGACGUGCCCGCUAAAGCUCUGGAGGCUGUGCCCCACUUGGAGGUCCUGAAUAUCGGCCACAAUACGAUCACUGUGCUGCAGAAAGAUGCGUUUCCAGAUGAAAUGAAGAAUCUUCUUGUUCUGCUCCUGAAACGCAACCAGAUAGCAGAAAUAUCGGAAAAUGCAUUCGUCAAGCUGACGUCACUUAAAGUUCUAGAACUGGAUGACAAUUAUUUGACACACAUUCCACUGGCUGUAACGAAAUUACCCCAACUACAAGAGCUGUCUAUCUCAGGAAACCGCAUCAAGUACAUCCCGGGGGGCCUUUUACAGCAGACCCCCGCCCUGGCCCUGUUGGAGCUCAAGGGGAACUCGCUGGAGGGUGUCGACUUCUACGCCUUCUCCCACCUGCCCCGUCUUCGAAAGCUGAUCCUCUCAGACGCCAAGAACCUGUCAACCUUCCCGAACCUCAACGGCACAUCGGCCUUGGAGGUCCUGCGGCUGGACAGGGCGAGCCUGGGCGACGUACCCUCGAAUUUAUGUACAUUCUGCCCCAAACUUAAAAGUCUGGACCUGAAAUCCAAUCAACUCGAGAAGAUCCCGGAUAUCAACGACUGCAAAGAGAUGCGGGUAUUGGAUCUGGCGAAUAACAAAAUAAGAUCGGUGGAAGGGAAGGUUUUCCGUGGAAUGUACCAGAUGCACGAUCUCCUGCUUUCUCACAAUGAAAUACAGUACAUUCCUCAAGAGGCCUUUCACAAUCUAUCGAAACUACAAGUGUUAGAUUUAGAGAGCAACCAGAUCUCUUUCAUCCAUCCAGAUGCUUUUUUAUCGAUCUCCAAAAUAGAAGACUUGAACCUCGGAAACAACGUUUUUCCACACCUUCCUUCGGCUGGCCUAGAACGUCUGCUGCAUUUGAAGACUUUCAACAACCCUCAACUCAAGGAAUUUCCACCUCCAGAAGACUUUCCAAGGAUCCAGACGCUUGUCCUUUCCUACGCCUACCAUUGUUGUGCGUUCUUACCACUUAUCCCGUCCAACCCUCCACCUAGAGCCAAAGAUAUCAUCUACUUUCCGGACAUAGACGACAUAGAUUUGAACAUAUGGAAUUCCAAUUCGAGUCCGAUCGAUCUGUGGCCUUCUCAACAGAACAUCACUCACAAAUUCGGAAAGAAGUUUGAAGCCAUCUGGGAGACUAUAGGGUCAGAAUACACCUAUCCCAACAAUUUCCCUGCCUAUAUGGAGGAGUAUGCCGAAGAAGAAGGUAUACGCACUUACGCCAACGAUUUCGCUCCUGGAAGGAUACAAUGCCUACCUCUACCUGGUCCUUUUCUUCCCUGUCAGGACUUGUUCGACUGGUGGACCUUAAGAUGCGGCGUUUGGAUCGUUUUUUUAUGUGCUAUGCUGGGAAAUGGUAUCGUGGUUUUCGUUCUGAUCUUCUCCAGGAGUAAGAUGGACGUUCCUAGGUUUUUGGUUUGCAAUUUGGCGGCAGCUGACUUCUUUAUGGGAGUUUAUUUGGGGUUUUUAGCUCUGGUAGACGCCUCAACGCUGGGCGAGUUCAGAAUGUACGCCAUACCCUGGCAGAUGUCAGCUGGAUGUCAACUUGCAGGCUUCCUUGGUGUCCUCAGCUCGGAACUCUCAGUCUACACCUUGGCUGUGAUCACCUUGGAGAGGAACUAUGCCAUCACCCAUGCAAUGCACCUGAACAAAAGGCUAUCCUUGAAACACGCAGGCUACAUCAUGCUUCUAGGCUGGACCUUCGCCAUAGUCAUGGCUACCUUGCCCUUGUUCAACGUCUCAGACUACAGAAAGUUCGCCAUUUGUCUUCCUUUCGAAACUAAAGACACGGCCAGCUUAACCUACGUUGUAUUCCUAAUGUUCAUCAACGGUGUCGCCUUCUUGAUCCUGAUGGGCUGCUACCUCAAGAUGUACUGCGCUAUUCGCGGUUCCCAAGCUUGGAACUCGAACGAUUCUCGCAUAGCCAAAAGGAUGGCCUUGUUGGUGUUCACGGACUUCUUGUGUUGGUCGCCGAUAGCUUUCUUCUCGUUGACGGCCGCUUUCGGUCUCCAGCUGAUCAGUCUGGAACAGGCUAAAGUGUUUACCGUGUUCGUGCUGCCUUUGAACUCUUGCUGCAACCCUUUCUUGUACGCCAUCCUAACCAAACAAUUCAAGAAAGACUGCGUGAUGAUCUGUAAGGCCAUAGAGGAGAGUCGCGUUACCAGAGGCAUCGGAAGGUGUCGCCACAGUUCCAAUUUUAGUAACAGGCAGACUCCAGCCAACACCAACAGUUUAGCCGAUAGGUCUUCCAGGGAAAAUCAGAACCAUCACGUUCCAACAUGUACGUGUAACACCAAACUGUUGAGCGACAAGAGCGUGACUCCAACUCCAAUCAAAAGUGAGGCGAGGAAGAGCGCUACCAGGGACUGGUGGUUGAGCAAGGCAAGGUGGCUUCUGUGCGUGAAAAAGCAGAAAAGAAACAGGACGAGGAAUGACCAGUACACGUACCAGAUAGCGGAGAUCCAGCAGAAGCAGCACAAGCGAGCUUCCUCUGUGUCCUCUAGUGAAAAUUUCAGUUCCUCGCGAUCGGACUCUUGGCGGCACCAGCACCAUUGCGGCAUUCCCUUAAGACUGUUAGAUCCUAAGCGUAGGGCGUCGUCUUGGUUGGUGACGCGGAAGACUUCUCAAGACUCUAACCUCUCGAGUUCGCGUAACGAUUCCAGCGGUUCCGCAACAACCGCAUCCACGUCAACCUGGCGGAUUUCGAGGUCCAGUGGUUCCAGCGAGCCUUCCAGGAACCGGUCCAAGCCUAGGUUGACGCGCCAGGCUGCCGUGUUGGACGACGAGCCACCCGGGUCGCCUGGUAGGUUGACGGUCAGGUUCCUGACCACCAUACCUUCCGCUGCUGAGACCAGCAUGCAGUUGGACGACGAACAGCCGUCCGCCAUCUUAGUUAGUCCGACGAAGGAGUGCAACGGACCUAUUUACGCGAUCUUGCACACCCAUCCUGUGACUCCGACGAGGAGGCAGAGCAUCGUAACUCUGCAUCCGAUCGAGAGCGAGAAGAAUUCGUCAUCUAGUCAGAAUGCUGAACCGGGUUCCUCAAGAUAAUUUAUACGGAUUGUUUCGUUGUGUGUUCGUGUGUUGUAUUUAUUGAGAAUGAGAGUGUGAAUAUGUUGCUUUGUUGGGCGAGGAGCAUUCGGAGAAAUAUUUUUCAUUUGAGUCAUUCCUUCGGAUCAUUUGAUUAACACAGCGCAACGAAUCAUAAGAUUCUCAAAAAAAGCCAAUCUUCUUUAAAUUUUGAAACGAUUUUGUUCACUUUGACAAAAUCUCGUCAAAAAAAAAGAUAUUCUCCUUAAGAUUUCGAAAACAAACAAUCACUUCUGAUCAGAUGAUGCAAGAUCCAUUUCAGGUCACGUCAAAUAACUAUGGUUUCGAGAUCUGAUUUCGAUGAGAUUUGGUACAAUGGUUAUGGUACAAACAUUGAAACAAUAAAAAAUUAUUGCGACACAAGUAAAUCGAAUAUUAUUCUCAUCCAAAAUUUCAAGCUGAAUUUCCUUCAAGUGAAGAUCAUGACAAUCAAAUAAAUUUUAUUAUUCUCUUUCAGUAUUCGUAUUCAUUUCAACUUGAGAGGAAUGUCUAUACUGAAGA